AUGACUUCGUAUGAUCGGCAUGCAUCCCACGACUCUCCUUAUCGAACCGGCAAACAUGUGCCUUUGGGUCAAAGCCGUCAUGAUCCUCUCACAUCCAUUGCAACCAGCGCCAUUGAAUCGCGACCGGACCUAACAGAUUCCUAUGAGGAUGACCAGCCCAAGGGUUCUACAAACACCAACUCCAAUGGCUGGACUGGUUCUCCUACAGGAGUGGGCUCUCCAAAUCGCCCUUAUUCCCCCGGGAUGCGGUCACUCUCUUCCCAGAAGCGACAGUCCACCGAUCCUGGUGUAGAUGGCGCCGCAGAGAUGCAGAGUUUCCACGAUGGUGCGCCACCUCCUCCGCCGGUCUCCCAUUCGUGGAAAAAAAUCGAUCGGUGGUUGGAAAAUAAUUAUGAAGAGUUAUAUGAUAAUCUAUGCGAGGGAUGCACACAGAAUGACAUUAACGAGCUGGAGCAUGAGCUGGACUGUAGCCUACCACUUGAAGUGCGCGAGUCCUUGAUGGCUCAUGAUGGACAGGAGCGCCCCGGGUUGCCCACGGGAGUCAUAUUUAGCUGCAUGCUCCUAGACUGCGAAGAAAUCUUUCAGGAGUGGAAAAACUGGCGAACGGUCAACGAGGAGUACCUGAGCUCAUCUGGUGCGAUGAGCUCUCAGCGUCCCCCAAAGGCCUUCGCAAGUUCCUCGUCUACUGCUCUAACUCCCCAGGGUCCCAAUCCAAUGUGGAGACAGGAUCUUCUUGAGCGCCAGGAUUGCCAACCCCCCGGUGCAGUCCAGAAGGCAUAUGCCCACCCAGCAUGGAUUCCUCUCGCUCGCGAUUGGGGUGGCAAUAAUAUUGCAAUCGACUUAGCGCCCGGACCUACUGGAAAAUGGGGCCAGGUCAUUAUCUUUGGUCGAGAUUAUGAUUGCAAAUAUGUCAUCGCUCGGUCUUGGGCCGCUUUCCUCGCAAUGGUGGCGGAUGACUUCUGUAGCGGCAAGGUCGCUGUAGAUGAGGAUAACAGCGAGUUGAAGCUGUUGGAAUUCAAACCCCAGAAUGUCGAACCCCCCUACUUGGAGAUUCUCCGUUGGAGAACAGAUCAAAAAUAUGGCAGGAAGCCACCUCGUCGCAAGGCCCCUAAUGGACUAGGACUAAGUACAGGCAACAAGUCUGGGAAGGAGUCUCCUUACGGAAGUCCCACGCCCAGUGAAGAACGUGGGAGGUCUCCCCACCGGUUCCCCAAUCGCGGAUCCACUCAGAGUCCCAAGACGCAGUUCGGUGUAUCAAGUCCUCUCGCCCGCGUCACAGAGGAAGCGCCGAGCCCUGUGCAAGGAAACGGCGAAGCUGAAUUACCUGGGGGUACUGCCAAAACAGAAACGAAAGAAAUCCAGGGUGAUGAUUUGAUGGAGGUGACCACACCGCAGGUAUCGGGUAAGGAAAACGAAGGAAUUACAGCAAAGGCAGAUGAGCACAAGCCGUCAGAAAUAAAUAAGGUGCAAGAAAGUGAGUCAAAUCAAGGAACACCUGGGGCCAGCUUGGAUACCGAGGUCUUGGGUGAAAUGAAGAACGUGGUUAUUUAG